UGAUUCAUUGACCACUUUGAAUUCUACUUGUAACUGCUUCUCUGUUUGAUGAGCAAUCUGUGGAAGUUCAGCCUCAGCUACACACAAUCACAGAGAAGGAAUCAGUAAUUCAGCAACACCAAACUGAUAUGAUAUUGGACAGCAGGAAAAAGCCACGGCCUCUGGAGAAUGCGGGCAUCGAUCCCGCUACCUCUCGCAUGCUAAGCGAGCGCUCUACCAUUUGAGCUAAUUCCCCACAGAGAAACUGCCCCUGUAGCUGCUGUGCCGGCCCCCACUGGAGGUAUAAUGUUUCUGAAGGAGGGCGUUCGUUUAGGAGCAGUCUGCUGAACUCUGUCGACUGUGGGUGGAAUCCAGAGAACAACAAGCUAACUUCCACAAAAAGAGACCUGGUAUAAACAGCUGCCCUAAGAGAUUUCAACACAAACUGACACCUGUGCUGUGAAGGAGCCUGCGCACACUAACAAGAACAAACAGAUCAAACAAGAACCUAAGAAGAACCUCUUGGGUCUUUUUCAGAUAUGUUCCAAAAAGCCUUGGUGACACUUGUGGUCCUAUUCUGCUCUUCACCCUUGGUAAAUGGAGGGAAAGUCCUGGUGUUCCCUGUAGAUGGAAGUCAUUGGGUGAACAUGAAAGUCAUCAUUGAGGAACUUCACUCAAGAGGGCAUGAAAUCACAGUGCUUUGUCCAGGAGACACCUGGUAUAUCAAGCAAGAGUCCCCUUACUACAAGUCCAUCAUGAUAAAUUCCUCUGCUGGUUUUGACAAGGACAAGUUUGGGAUGUUUGUAACAAAAAUGGUUAACAUGCGGCGGGAAGGCGCUUCACUUUGGACUCGUUUGUCUCUGGAGUAUGAACUAAUGAAGUCUUUCCAUCAAAUGCAUAAGACGUUACUUAUAAUGAUGGGGGAGGUUUUUGAGAAUGCCAAACUGAUGCAGAGCCUCCAUGAUGCCAAUUAUGAUUUGCUUAUGACAGAUCCUGCAACUGGAGGAGGGACACUUCUGGCUCACCGUUUGGGCCUCCCACUUGUCUUUAAUGUGAGGUGGACUGUUCAGGGUGAGGGGCAUGAAGCAAUUGCACCAUCUCCACGCUCCUAUGUUCCAUUACCAGGGUCAGAGCUGACUGACAAGAUGAAUUUUCCCCAGCGGGUGAAGAACAUCCUCUACCAUUUAUUUACACGCUUUCAAAUUUGGUAUGUCACAGACUCAAGCUAUAUCUCUUUUGUCCAUCAUUACUUUGGCAGUGACGUACAUUACAUGGAGUUGUUCCAAGCGGCAGAUAUAUGGCUGAUGAGAAAUGAUUUUACUCUUGAGUUCCCACGUCCCACAAUGCCAAAUGUCAUUUACAUGUCAGGAUUUCAGUGUAAACCUGCCAAGCCCUUGUCCAAAGAACUACAGGACUUUGUGCAGAGCUCUGGUGAACAUGGCGUCAUUAUAAUGACAUUGGGAACCCUGGUGUCAAAACUUCCUGAGGACAUCACUGAGGACAUUGCAGCUGCUUUUGCCCAACUUCCACAGAAGGUGAUCUGGAGGCACACAGGAAAAAGACCGUCCACACUUGGCAACAACACCUUACUCGUGCACUGGCUGCCACAGAAUGACCUCCUCGGUCACCCCAAGACUAGAGCAUUUGUGGCACAUGGAGGCACCAAUGGAAUACAGGAGGCCAUUUAUCACGGUGUCCCCCUCAUUGGUCUGCCCCUCAUGUUUGACCAGUCUGACAAUUUCUUCAGGAUGAAAGUAAGAGGUGUGGCCAAAGUCCUGGACAUUGCAACUGUGAACCAAGAUAACUUCCUGGAGGCUCUCAAAGAGGUGCUGUAUGAACCAAGCUACCGGGAGAAUAUGAAAAAGCUGUCCAACCUGCAAAGGGAUAAACCCAUAAAACCACUGGACCACGCCAUUUUCUGGAUCGAGUUUGUCAUGAGGCACAAGGGAGCAUCACAUCUUAAGUCAGAGUUUUAUAAGAUGUCCACCAUCCAGUAUUACUCAAUUGAUGUGAUGGGAUUUCUACUGGCAGUUAGUUUGCUAAUGUUUACUGUUUUUAUUUCUGUGAUAAAGUUUGUGUGGCGCAGAGUGUUUUCUAGAAGCAAAGCCAAAAAGGAAUGAUAAAUGUGCUGCAAGAUUUAUAAAGCACAACGAUAAUACUAGCAAUCUACUCUAUUUUGUUAUUUAGAGUCAUAACCCAAAUAGUCUUACUCAACCAUGUCUGAGUGUGUAACUAAAUGCAGCCACAAGCGUCGUUCUGCCUGAUUUAUUUGUGUCUUGUCUGACUUAGCUAGAUGAAAUAACUUGUAGACAUAAACAUACAAAGAAAAGCUAAUAAGAAAAGAUAUGUAAGAUGUGUAUCAGCUCUGUUGCUGAUCUUUAAUGUCUGAUCAUCCGCCAGUAGCCUCAUUCUAAUGAUUUGAAGGUGUGUGCACUGUUUUCUGAUUUUUAAUGAUAUAAAAUUGUUGUACAAUUUGGUAAUGACAUAUAUGAUCUGUGAAGAUGUGUUCACAUCAAAUGCACAUUGUUGUUUUUUUUCACAUUGCAUUAUUAUGAUUUAUUUCUGUUUAUAUGUGUUACUAAAGCAAGUAAUUAAAUACCACAACUUGCAACUAGUACUGGCUUAUGCCAGAACUAAACAACAGCCAACAAAUAACAAUAGUGUAACUAAUAUCUUGAAUUAAGUGACACACACACACAUUUUCAGAAGUUACCAGAUGGCAAUACUUCCUCUCUCAGUUUCAGGGAAGUCUUAUUCACUCUCUUGCUAGCUUGUGUGCACACAUAAAGCAAUUUACCUCCAUUUCUGAUAUUAUAUUGGGAAAUUCUUCACUCUAAUAUUUCUUCUGAAGAGAACAAUGUAAAUCCUGCAACUUUACAGGAUUUGUCACACAACAUUCACAUCAGCCAUCAAUACCUUUUCAUUGAUGUUGUGUGUAACCUGAUUCAUUUUGAUUAUUUCAUAUAAAACGUGCUAUUCAACUAAUGGUGUUGCAGGAAUUUAAUGUUGAUUCUGUAUCUGAGCUAUAACUGAAUUUGAAUAAAGACCAUUGUGUUUGUGCAGAAUA